AACAUCCUCAGAUCGGAGGUACUUUCUCUAGUUAGGCAACAGCUGACGAACCUGGGGAGAUUAGCUUACGAAAACCUUCUAAAGAGUAAGAUCAUGUUCGACAUACAGGAUCUGGAACGUUAUGGUCUCACGCCAGUAGAUAUACAGAGCACCUUCCUCAGUCAGAUCCUGGUGCCUCUGAAAGAGGAGAGGGUGGAGAUGUUUUCCUUCUUCCACUUGACCGUCCAGGAGCAUCUGGCCGCCCUGUACUGUGCGAUCAACCUCUCAAAGCAGGGUCACAUAAUCCAGGCUCUGGACUUCUGGUGCUUUGGUGAGAUCCCCCCACCUUCCACCUACCCAACUCCCGUACUGAGCCAAGACCUCCACCUGGACCAGACUAGGGUGGAGAACCUGCAGAUGUUCACUCGCUUCUUCAUGGGCCUUCUCCGGGCCAGGCUGGGGGGGCAGUUGGAUGGGCUGGUGCUGGCCCCUCUGGAGGUGGGCUUGGAGGGGGAGGAUAUCUCCACCAGGCUGGGUAUCUGGUUCCAGAACCAGUUUAAGGGUAGGCAACUAGCCAACCAGACGGCGCUGAACCUGCUCCACUGUUUGAUGGAGCUGCACAUGAAGGAAGUCACCAGCAAGGCGUCUCCAGAGAUCCGGAGUCUGAACCUGUUCAAGGUUAAGAUGAGCGUGGUGGACUGUGCAGCAUUACACUAUGUGUUGCAGUUCUCCCCACAUAGGCUCGAGGAGCUCAACCUGGGAUACUCCAACAUCGGAAACAGAGGUCUUAGCAGGCUAGCGCCGAUAUUGCACCGCUGUGAAUCUCUUUAUCUGCGAUAUAACUGUCUGGAAAGGGAGGCAGCAAUCCUGGAAUCUGCAGUGUUGAAAUCAAACGAGUGUCAGGUGAAGAAGCUUUUUAUGUGUGGUAACAACUUGGGUCCAGAAGGGGUUCUGGAGCUGUGGAAGGCCCUGGAGCAGAACAUUACACUGGAGGAACUCUACUUGGACAUCACUGGCAUCACAGAGAGAGGAACAGAGAACAUUGUCAAUUGCCUCAGCAAGAACACCUCUCUGAAAACGCUGACUAUCGUGGGGAAUGACAUUGGGGAGGUGGGGAAGAGGAGGCUGAGGGAGCUAGGGCAUCGACGGCCGGGGCUCCAGAUCAUUGGGAACUUUGUGGACGACCUAGGACUGUUAAACGCCUACCUGGACUGGGUAGAGGAGAUACGGGAUGAUCGGGACCAAAUGGACUCAGUGAAGAACGCAGAUGCCCUACAGUCCAUCUUGAAGGGGCUGAGGGUGGGAGCAGGUGGGGAAAAUGGGGAGGGAGGGGAAGGAGAGAACACUGCCAAAGCCCUGGAGCUGGAGACCAAGAUCUUGGAGCUUUUGAACACUCCCACUCACCUGGCUGGAGUGAGAUGACUUCACUUAACCUUUUGCUCUGUGAGGAGCACAGGUUAUCCACAAAGUGAGAUGACUGAUCAAGUCUAAAUGGGCAAAAUAAAAUGCAACCACACCUUUGCAUCGUCACAAUACCAGAGAACAACCUCUGUCCAGUGAAGUCCACAAAGCAAGCAUAUUGCACGUAACAAACUGUUACAUGACCUACUGCAUGGUCAAGCAAGUGAAUGUUUCCAAAAUGUUCUGACCACUAAACAACUAUUGAUUCAGAACCACGGAGAGUUACCACGAGUCUCAAAGAAAACAAGACCUGCCUCCACUAUUCCAGCACCAUUUCAACUUCAACACUUCAAGCACAUCAAAUCACAUGUUCUUAGUUUAACACAGUGACAAUUAAAAGAUACCAAAAACUAUUUAGUCCAUUGAGCAAAAUAUUAUGUGGCUGUCCAUGGUU